AUGCGGAGAGCAUCUCCAGCAGCAUCACAGCCGGCUGCCCAUCCGCCCCCCGCGCCAUUCAAGUACCUUACCGCGUCGAGCGAGGUGACGCGCUAUCAGCACCCCGGCUUCCGGUCACUGGAGUUACUCUUACCAGCCUCACUGUGGUCCGAUGCGUUCGUGCAGGAGCGCGCGCGUUACACCCUGCUGCCAGGGCACCUCCUCCCGUUUUCGAGCCCUUCGGCCGGUGCCACGCGCGAAUCCUCCUCCUCGUGUGCACUCGGCGCUGCAUCGGGCACGACAGCAACGACGGCUGCUUCCCUGGAAGAGCAACGCCAUGCAAGCUCUGCGGAUGCUGGCGGCCACCUGUCCGGCAGGUGGUCCUUCAUGGCAAUUUACCGCAACUUCAAACGGACACGUGAGGCGACCGCCACGCGCGAGGAGGUGGCCGCGGUGCCGCGGCGUGCGUCCCUGUCCGAAAGGGCCAUUGAGAGCGCGUUUCUCUCGGGGUGUCCCCAAUGCGCCUUGUCCCCGUCUGUUCGCUAUCCCCCAUCCCCCUCGAUGUCUCUGGUCGACGGCUGUAGCGUUGUCGAGGUGGACGAUGGUUAUGACUACGGCGAGGAAGUGAAUGCGCAAGGUCACGGGCUGAGCUUGUCGUGCUCCUGCUCUUCGGCAACGUCACGGGCCGAGUCGAUCGGCGCCGCUGCGUGGUACCCCACCACAGCCGCCGUUGCCUCUGAGGUGGACACAAAGCACGCCAUGGUGCGUGAGUGCCACCUGACGCGGUCUGCUUCCUCCGUGGCUGCUGCUGUUGCUGUUACCUCGCCCACUGCAGCGCACGCAGAGGCUCUUCGGGUGUUCGAGGCCGUUCUCGAUCGCGUUUCCGUUGCGCACGAGACCCGCUGCCCUCUCUGCUCCCCGCCGCAGCCGCAGCCGUGGGGUCGCUCUGCACAGUCGGUGUCGCUCAACGGGCCGCUGCCAGCGCCUGCCCCGGCUGCGCGUACCGCCGCUGCUGCCCCCACCUAUCCCAGAAAGUCGCGUGUCGUGGUCGGCGACCUGUCGGAUGCGCACGAGCUCUCUCUGAAUGUGGGAAAGGAGCCAGAGAUGGACGCGCAUCGCCUGCGUCUGCUGCAACAUGCACGCUCGCUGCUUAACCGCCAUGACGACCGCCUUCGCUACCUGAGCGAGACCAAACCCUCGCUCUUCAGAGAGACGGUGCAGUCCCAUCCGCUGGCACGCGCUUGUACACAGCUGGGUGGACUGCCACUGCUGCGUGUGCUCCCGGCCACGCUGUAG